AUGCUCGAUGAAUUAAGAGUCCUUGCUAGUGAAGUAGUGGAAUGGCUUGAGUUUGAUGCUGAUGAUGCUGAAAUUGAACUGAUUCACGAGAAGUUCAAAACCAUCUCCGAACACAAAGGAGAAGUGGAUAAGGUAAUCAAAAUGCAUAAUGCAGACUUAUCUCAGAAUACUUUGCAAACGUUAGCAAAAGAAGCUAACAAUGUUGCUUCUCAAGUUCAGGAUUAUUUAUUGGAGUACGGGAAGCAGAUAAACAUGAUCAGAGAUAAGUACAACGAAGAGUCGAUUGAUUUUGACAAAGAGAAUGAAAAGGCUAUGAAAGCCAUUUUUGGUAAGGAUUCUGCUGACAAAUUUCAACUUGAUUCUUUGUUCAGCACCUUCAAGACUUCCUUGAAAAACUUGACAAACAUGGUCGAACUUUCAGCCAAGAAGUAUAAUGCGCUUGACAAAAAGACUCUAUUUGAAACCUCAGAACUUAUCCGGUCUUUGCUCAAGGAAAUGCUGAACGAAAUUGGAUCCCUUCAGAAGAACCACGAGAAGAGAGUAAGCUACUUGUUGAAUCAGUAUGACAAGAUCAAAGCUAGAAGAGCACAGAAGGAACUCAAAAAGAAGUUGAAGGAAGAGAUGAACUCUACUGAGGAAGAAUCGGCUAAAGAUGAAUAUGCUUACGAUUCUAAUACAGAGUCGCCUACUAUCGAAUCCGAGCACACUAAAUCUGCCACUGUGACAAGUUCCCACAGCAAUGAAACAAAUUCCGCUACUUCUGGAGAGGAUGCGGACGACUCUGAUGAUUCUUUGGAUCAUGAUGAGCUAUAG